AUGGAAUACGUUCCACAUAAUUACCUAUGCCAGACGUUGUAUUUGGAUAAGCUAAGCAGAAGUAUUAUUCACAGAACAGUGAAUAGAUUAUUAGGAGUUGAAAAUGACCUUCAUGAACAUCUUGACGGCUUGCAACUUCUUGUCUGUUCGGAGCCGUUCGUUUGGUGCCCAUGGAUCGAAGAAUUCGGUCGGAACAUUGUUCAUAGAUCAACAUUUCUUCGUCGACUGAAAAAAGAAAUGUGUUCCAAUAAUCAAAUACUGGCUUGCCAAGCCAUUUGUACAUUAAAUGAGCUAGUCCAUCAUCCGGAAUUGGCAGUGGAAGCAACAAGAAUCAAGAUAAUACCAAGAUUUGUGAAACCAUUGUCAUCAGACAACUUAAUUACGAUGCAAAGAAGUUUACUGUGUUUAAAGCACCUGAGUAUGCAACCAAUGGGGAUAGCCAGCAUUUUAGAAAACAGUGGGAUUGUUCUAAGAAUAAGAGAUUGCAUCAGGCACCCAACAUCUCCAAUCAUCAGAUGCCAAGCUGCAAUUACAGUCAAUGCUUUAGUCCAUAAUUACUUUGCUGUGCAUACCUUAACGAAAUAUGGAUAUGUCAAAACUAUAAUGAAAUGUGUCAAUGAAACAAAAGAUUUUAACUUGCUUGAGCCCAUUGUGUAUUCUUCUCUUAUUGAAAUGAAACAGCUUAUGGUAAAUCAUCUGGACUCUCUUUUGAGAUUACUAGAUGACGGAGAUAGUGCCAAAGUAGCUCUAAUGUCUGAAGGAGUAUUUAAUCUUUCCUGCUUCUUGACUGGUGAAUGCGUUAGACUUAAAAAAGCUGUAGCAAGCUUAUUUGUCGAAAUAGCCAAACAUCCGAUUGGGAAGACUGGAAUCGUAUCACAUGGGUUGAUUCCUUUAUUAUGCAAAGAAAUGGCCACAGCACAUGACAAAGGAAUAAAAUCAAAACUGACAUCUGUUUUGCAGUUUGCAACAAUACAUAAAGAGGGGAGAAAGCAGGCUCUUGAAUGUGGUUUGAUUGAAACAUUAGUUAAACUUCUUCCCUUAAGUAAUGUGUCUUUAGAUUUGAAAAAAUAUGUAAUCAAUACUCUUACAAAUCUGGCUGAAUUACCAGAAGGGAGAAAGAGUCUGAGAAAUAUGUUGGGCGAUGCAAAUGUAACCAUACUUAUUCAUUUUGAACAUGAUGCUAGCAUAAUAAGAAGUAUCAAGAACCUUUAUAAUGUUAUUAACUGGGAGCCAUAG